UAUGUAAAUCCAAAGGAUCCCUAUCCCUUGCAAUGGAUAAAACCGAUAGGAGGCGGUGGUGACCGCACAGAGGUCAAGUCUAUUCCUUCGCAAGAAGAUUCGCAAUUACUGCUUGGAGAGCCAUAUACCAGUACCAGAAGUAGGUGUGAGAAAAUCACAAAUAAUUUCGAAGCAUCCAACCACGAGCGCUUCAAGUCAACCGAAUUGGCUGUAUUACUCUGGUGGAAUUACUCAGAAUGGCAGGGCACCGCUAUAUAUAAAUUACUUACCAAUGCGGAACGACGAAAUUAUGAAGUAAGUGAUAAAUUAGUAUGUAAUAAUAUAUAA